GGAAAAAGGUUUUGGCUUCACCUAUAUUAAUAAUACAAAAAAAUAAAAUAAGAUAAGAACAUAUAACGAAGUGUUAAUCUAAUGCAUUUGAAGUUGAAGAACAAAAAAUAUUUCAAAUAUUCAAAUUUAAAAAUAGUUGUAAUACUUUAGUAUUGUAAAAAAAAAAAUUGUCACCUAAUGAGGUUUCUUUGCGCGGACGAGUUUACUAGUGAAUCUUUAUAAACUAAUAUCAACUUGAUAAAUUUUCCACUUAAACCACUUGCCAAUUUCUACAACUCAUUUAAUAUUACAGAGUACACAACAAGCUUUUGAAAGUGGCAAAAUGAGGCUUUAGCUUCCUAUAUGCUAUAAGUUAUCUUAAUAAAUUGCUAUAAGUAUACCGGAAAUACAAAGAAAUACCCAAAGAUGAGUUCAUAGAUUAAGAGAUCAAUCCUUAAUCUUCCUCAAGAUGUUAUGUCAAACAUACUAUCAAGAUUACCAGUUAAAUAUCUCUUACAAUUCAAGUGUGUGUCCAAAACUUGGCUAUCUUUAAUUUCAGAUGAAGAAUUUAUCAAACUUCAUCUUUCUCAAGCUAUUUUUGACCCAAAGAUUUUAACUAUGUCACCCUUUAAGUCCUUGGACUAUGAAUCUCCAUCAUCACUUGAAGAUCAUGUCGAUGAUGGCCAUGACGACGCCAUUGUAGAUUUGUGGUAUCCAUCCAUGGAGGAAGAACUCGAAUCCAAUACUGUUGAAAUUAUUGGUUCUUGUAAUGGAUUGAUUUGUUUGUUACCAUAUGACACUAAUAAAAUUUCUCUGUGGAAUCCCUCUACUAGAGUCUCCAGGGACUUGCCAAGUCUACCUUAUGAUUUUCCUGAUGAUUGUCCCAUUUUCAAUGGAUUUGGUUAUGAUUCGGUUAACGACGAGUACAAGGUAGUCAGAGGUACAUCAGAUGGAAUAGUCGAGGUUUUUUCUACAUGUGGCGAAAGAUGGAGAAAGAUUCAAGGUCUUAAGUGCAUUUUUAUUUUAGAAGAAGAAGGGGUUUUCUUUAAUGGAUCUCCUCAUUGGUUGGGCUAUAGUUGUUCACCCCGAAUUUGGGAAAGCAAUUGAAUUUGUACGCGGGUAUAGGAUAUGCGCUUGGACCUUGAUGUAUAUUUAAUAGUGUAAAAUAUGCGUGUGAAUAUGUAGUGAGAGAACGACUAACAAUGAUAAUCUCUUUAAUAUUUGAUGGAAUAAACGCUAUAUAAAUGGUAACAAAAGGCCUUGGCCGAAUCAGAUAUUGA